AUGGCCCGCAAAGGCAGUCGCAAGACAAGAACUGGCUGUUUUACCUGCAAGGUCCGAAAAGUCAAGUGCGACGAGGCCAAGCCGGAGUGUAUACGGUGCUCCAGCACCGGCCGCAUAUGCGAUGGCUACGCGGACCCGGCCCAAGCCGUGUCGGACCGGCCCCGGCUGCUCAAGGCCCAGAGUAUGUUCCCGAGCAUCACCAGGCAGGAGGGCAGGGCGCUGCAGUUCUUUUGCGAAAUGGUCGGGCCGAAUCUGCCCGGCACCACCGACCCUUACUUCUGGACGCAUCUCGUCAUGCAAUUCAGCCGGUACGAGCCCGCGGUGAGGCAUUCCAUCGUCGCCAUCAGCUCGCUGUACGAGGAUGUCGUUCGGGUCCAGGGUAGCCCCCUUGACGUGGGGAACGAACAAAUUCAGAACCACGCCCUCGCGCUGCGUCACUACAACGCCGCGAUCAACCAAUUGACCGUCAUGGAGAACCAGGGGUUGGUGUUGCUGGUGUGUCUCCUCUUUAUUUGUAUAGAGUUCCUGCAAUCUAACCGAGAGACUGCCCUUCGUCACUGCGCUCACGGCACUGCGAUACUCGCCAGCGCCGAUUCUGCCUCGUACAAGUGGGUGAGGCAAUAUCUCACGCCCUUAUUUAGAAGAUUGAGCUCAUUGCCCUUCUUCUUUGGGAGCGGACCGUCGGAUAUGCUCGAUCUGAGCAUUUUGAGAUACCCGAUACCGGACUUCUUUGAUAACUUUUCCGAAGCCGAGGCUAUGAUCGACGACGUAUUCAACCAAGCGAUGCAAGUUAUUCGUCGCGGCGAUACGUAUCGCGUAGGGCAAAAGCAUGAUGUUCCAAUACCAUUAGAACUCCUAGAGGAACAGGAUAUAGUCUUGAGCCAACUGAACCGGUGGUACGCCAUGUUCACAGACCUCGAAGCCAGAGAGGGUCAAACAACUUCCAAAAGCUCGGGAUUCGGGCGUGCGUUUGCACUGGCGAGGUACCGCAUCUGCCUGAUCUGGUUGAGCAACGCAUUCAUCCGUUCCGAAAUGGGCUAUGAUGACUUCCGCGACGAGUUCAGCAAAGUCGUCGAGGAGACGGCGGAAGCCGCCCUCGAACAAAAUAGCAAAGAAAUCAAAACGAGUCCCGCGUUCGAAAUGGGCUUCAUUGCACCGCUGUUCUUCUGCGCACAGCGGUGUAGGGACCUGAGUCGCCGGCUAGAAGCCUUACGUCUUCUUAAGCUUCUCGCCGCACCCCAAGAGAACUUGUGGGAUAGGGACGGCAUGUACGCCCUGGCUCGAAGAAUUAUCGAAAUAGAACACGGGGUGGAAUUGAAUAUUGAGGGUCGGGUUACUCCAGGGGUACAACCCAAAUACCCGGGCCUACCACCGGAGACGACGAGGAUACAACAGUUCAACGUUGAAUUUGUCAGUGGACGCCAAAAGAACUUUUAUGAACACGACGUACGCGGCUUCAAGGCGACGUUAUUCAUGCGGAGUACGAGCGGCGAGAUCUAUCUUCGGCCCGAGACCUUAUUCGAAGAGAACCCUCAACUGCCUGAUGACGUGAUUCAAGGGCACAUAGGGGCAGUCCUUUUUCCAUAA